AUGAGGCGACCACUGGUGGAACCAGGAAACUGCAACUUCAGGCACAACCUCAAUGCCAUUGGACGGAAGAUGGAGAAUGUGGAGGACCGGAACCAAACUCACACCUUCCAACCAUACCACCGUUGCAUGGAGGGCCGCGUCCUCCACCUCGUCCUCCUCCUCGUUCACCUCCAUGCCUCAAGACUUGCCUUGUGCCACGUCUUGCAAGAAGGCGGUGUGCCAAACUGGUGCAAUGACCUACGACUGGGAGGCAGUGGUGAAGACGGAGGAAGAGACGACUUCCAUGUCAACGCAACAACAAUCAUCAACCUCGCGACAAUGUCACUACCGCCAGUGUCAGUGGAACAAGACACCGUGGGACUCCAAAUCUCCGGUUCGAGAGCCAAGCCAACUCCAAAUUACUGUGCCUACGUUGUG